UGAUUUAUGACGGCAAAAGAAUGGCUAAGAAAAAAGGUAAAAAAAGUGAACCUACCGAAAAGUCCACCGUGACUGCGCCACCGGAAAAAAAACGAAACCGUGUAGAUUAUGAAGAGGAUCUGGUUAAUUACAACAGAGAGUUGGCUGCGGUACGUUCGAAAUGCAAUCGACUAGAAGAACUCCGAGACAAACAUAAUGUCGAGUACCAAACGACUCGUCAAAACCGAUUAGAUGUACUUCGCGAGUUCGCCGAGCAGAUACGUGAAAAACAAAAAAUAAUUAAUGAAAAAGAAAUCGAAAGAGAUAAGACACUAAAGAUCUUGGAAGAGUUCAAGCGUAUGUUCGAUGAGACUAUGGAGAUCAGACAAGUAAAGUACAAUAAAGUUCUCGAAGAGUUGGAAGCAAAUUUAGAUUUCACCAUAGGCAAAUACAAAUCUUUGUCGGAAAAAAAUAUACGCAGGCAAAUAUUUUUGGAAAAGAUGGGACAGUUGAUUAUUGAAAUGGAAAUUUUACAACAAGAUCAAGAAACUGAGCUGUACACAGCUGGGCGUAUAAUGGCGACACGGCGGCUACACUUGAGGAACGAAAGCAACUAUCAUCUUGAAGUGAUGAAAAAAACCGUCGUCAAGAGUGUGACGUGUAUUAUACAAGCGCCUAUAAUUCAAGUUCUGCCUCAAAACAGAGUUAUGAAAAAAAAAUUAAAUGAAUUGAAACGCAAUUGGAUCGUUGCAAACAAUCUUUUGGAUGAUAUGAAAGAUGACACUUUGAAGUCGUUCGCCGAAGUCGCAAUGCGGCAAGAUCAAAAAGAUAUGCUGGUAAAAAUGAUACAGUCGAACGAAAAAGUCAAAGAGCAAGUAGAAAUUGCACGGUAUAAAACUAAAUUCAACUUAGACCAAAGCAACUUUUGCUAUGCAAGACAAUUACAAUAUCAGAAAAAAAACUCAGACAAUAGGGUUAUCAUAAAUAAACUCGAUCAAGCCGUCAGGGAGGACGGAGACAAAUUGACAGAGAUGAAAAAACAAAUUCAUAAAAUGCAAAUUUUGAAAAAUACCACCUGCCAACGAUCAGCAGAAGUGUUCAAACUAAUGACGGCGGUAGCUCAGGAAAUCAAAAAAAGGCUCGAGAACAGAAAUUAUAACAAUAAUCUUAAAUGGCUUCAUAGUAUGCUGCAAAGUUUGCCUAUCGAAUAA